AGAGAAGUUGACCAAAGUCUGGUAAAAAACAGAAGUCCACACCCACUCUUACUGCGUUAUGUUCUUACUGCACUCUUUGAUUACAGGAAGAAGUCAACCAGUCUCCUUGAUAACUAUCAGUAUGAUGAACCUCUCAUCGUCCACAGAGCCCGCCACCAAAAACUUAAUGGAUCCCCUGUCUUCUGUGGGCCAGACGAUCUCAGCCACCUUCCUGGGCCUGGCCUUCCUGCUGGGUGCCCCGGGAAACCUGCUGGUCAUAUGGAUCAUCUGGAGGCAUGUUAAGCCCCGCACCCACACCAUCCUGCUCAUCCUCCACCUGGCUGCCGCCGAUCUGCUGGUCCUCAUCACCCUGCCCCUGUGGAUCUACUCCCUGAUCUACUCCUGGGUAUUCGGAGAGGUCUUCUGCCAGACGGUUGUGUAUGUGAUCCACGUGUGCAUGUACAGCAGUAUCUUCCUCAUCACACUCAUGAGCAUUGAGCGCUUUGUGGCAGUCCGCUACCCAUUCGUCAUUCAGUUCUCCAGAACCCAGAAUGUUCUGGACGUCAGCCUGAUCGCCGCCUGGGUCCUGGCGCUGCUCCUGGGGGUACCUGCUAUCCUGACCCAGGAGGUGUCGGAGGGGGUAGGGGGCGCGCAGUGCCUCUUCAGGAAUUUCAGCUCUGUGGCUCAAGAGAGAACAAUUAUUUCUCUUGAGACCAUUGCAGGAUUUGUGGUGCCCUUCACCAUCAUGUCUAUCUGCUACUGUCUGGUCGCCAGCCAGCUCAGAGAAAGUAGAUUCCAGGACAAAAGGAAGGUGAUGCUGCUGAUAGCCAGCUUGGUGUUAGCCUUCACCUUGUGCUGGCUGCCUCACCACAUCAACAACAUCAUUCAGCUGGUGUGUACAAUCCAGAGUAUGGACAGCUCAUGUGGCUCUGACAGUUUAACCCUUAUCGCCGGUGCUCUGGUGUUCGUGAGCAGUUCGGUGAACCCUGUGUUGUAUGCCUUCGCUGCCCGGAGAUCCAAAGUACGCAUCAGAGGGCUUAAAAUCGUCAGAUUCUUUCAGGAAGUGGCCACACACACCAAAGCUUUUCGGGGAACUAGUCCUAAAGAAGCAGACAGUGAAGGUGAAUCCACAGACAGAGAGCAACCGUUGUCUCACACAAUCAAUUUAAGAGACGUGUGAAAUUGUAAUUCUGUCAUCAUAAUUUGAUUAUUUAUUAAUCAUCAAAUAGGUGAUUAAGGAAUAUGUUGGUUUGGAACGUUGGAAUAUAUCAUGACUUUUAAAUUGUUUCACUAUUUUUACUGUUAUUUAAGUUGCAUAAUAUAUAUUUGAUACAAUACAACAUAAGAGAGGACUUUAAAAGUAUAGCAUUUCAAUAUUUGUGAGUGUUUAAACUGUGAAAAUGUGGAAUAUGAUGACCAAUGUGUGAUCAUUUGA